GGCUCUGACGUCACGAAUGCUUGAAAAGACAAAAGAUGUGGUCUAGGGCCAAAUAUUUGCGUUUUUCUGAAGACUUGGAUCACAAAAUGACAAUUUAUUAACAACUGAAUGGGUGAAGAUCUUGGGAGGUUGCAAAGGAAUGGCAAAGUACCAUUGCAAUUACUGCCAGGGGGAUAUUUAUGGGUUUAGAAUCAAGUGCUCUGAAUGCCCAGACUUUGACCUUUGUUUACAGUGCUUUUCGUGUGGAGCAGAGAGUGGAACCCACAAACGUGACCAUGAUUAUCACAUAGCGGGAGAUGAUGACACGUCUGUAGGUGCGUUUGACAUUCCAAAGCCAUGGUCAUUAGUUGAAGAGAUGAUGCUUCUGGAUGCUGUGGAACAGUAUGGCUUUGGCAACUGGGAGGAUGUAGCCAACCAUGUAGAAUCAAGGAAAGGACCAGAAUGCGAGGAACAUUAUGUCAAGUUUUUCAUUCAAGGUACAAUUGGUAGAGAGAUAUUAUGUGUUGAUACCAUUGGCAGCAAUGUGACAGAUCAUUCCUGUCCCGAUGGAGGUCCGUUGUCACCAAGUAUUACAGUGCCAAUCAGUCCAUUGGAUCUGAAUAUACAGGAACAGCAUGAACUAGGAUAUAUGCCAUAUAGAGAUGACUUUGAACGGGAGCAUGAUAAUGAGGCAGAAACUCUAGUCAGUAGUCUAGCAAACAAUUACGAUGAUGAAGAUAUAGAUGUUGCUGUUAAAUUAGCACAAGUUGACAGAUACAGGACAAGGUUAAAAGAGCGAGAAAGACGAAAAUGUGUAGCACGAGAGUAUAACUUAAUUCAAGCAGCCACAACACUGGGCAAACAAAAAUGUCAAACACCAAAGAAAAAAAUGUCAAAGGAGGAUAAAGAUCUGCAGGAAAAAGUAAAAGUGUUUUCUCAAUUUCAUUCUUUAGCAGAACAUGAGGCUUUUCUUGAAAAUAUUCAGAAAGAAAAAGAACUGAAGACUCGAAUAAAGUCACUCAUGAGGUACAGGAAAAAUGGAAUCACAAAACUUGAUGAUAUAGAACAUUUUGAAGAGGAAAAAUUUAAACGAGAUAAGAAGAGAGACAAUAAGAAAAAGCUGGGCAAUUGCUCGCCGCUAAUCAAGAGAGGAUCAAUGGUCUCAAAAAAAGCUGCCGCCGUCAUAGAAGAAAAAUUAGAUAUACUUAUAGACGACGAAGAAUCAAAAGAUGAAGAUGAGGAGAAUGAUAGCAAGGAAAUGGCAGCCUUCCCUGGCUACGACAUGUUGUCAGAGCGAGAAAGGAAGCUGUGCAACUCCAUCGGUAUGACUCCAGGGAACUACCUAACUAUCAAGACCUGUAUCAUUAAGGACUAUUUACAGCGACGACAGGGGCUACCAAAAAUAAAAAUCCGCUAUCCAAGUGGGCUUGACAAAACCCAUCGACGCAAGAUUAUGAGCUUCUUAACAGAUAAUGGUUGGAUAGGUGUAACCUGAUAGCUCAUGGUUUCAACAGGAACUGGAUAGUGAGUCAAGUGGCUAAAAAUCUUCACAGUGUGCAGGCUCUUAACAUGAUGAGUACUGCUGGAUUAAUAGCUGGGAAUUGAUGAGGUCCAAACUGGGAGAUUUCCUUUACUGAGUCCAUGGAGUGUGGUCCAAUUCAGUGAAUGACUAAGGAGAUAAACAACUUACAAAUAAAAGAGAAAGGUGUGUUCUGCUUUCAAAGUGAAAUUGCAGUGCAAAGUUACAAUUGCCCAAAAAUGCUUGCUGUAACAAGAAUGAUUAACAUUGUUAGUCUAAUACAUUUAGAUGUACAGGAUAAAAAUCCCAUGUUAAUGGUUGAUAUCGAAUUCCUUACCUAUAUCUCAGGUGACCCAGAUACGUUAUGCACAAUAUCUGAGAUAGACCAAAUCAACCGGCAUAUAGCAGGUAUCAUGUAUACCAUUCAACAUGACUGAGUUACUCACAUUCCUAUACUUGUUUCUCAGACUUGUUAUGCAUGGUACUUCAGAUUGUCUCCGAGAGUGAUGAUUCAUUAUACUGCUCACAUUUCUACUUUAAAGAUGACAUGUAACAUUUGUACUUUAAAGAUGAAAUAUAAUUUCCGAGAUUUCACUAAAAGUAAUUCACUUAUUUUCAAAUUCAAUGAAAUAUCACUCAAUUAAAAUUAAUUUGGUUAGCAAUUGACUUCAAACAAUCAUCCACAUAGUGGAAAUCAUUCAACAUAAUUAUUAUCAACUAAAAGUAUCAUGGUAUCCGUUGGAUAAAUAUUUGUAACUCAUCAUUAUUAUAAUGUAAAAGAGUUAUAAUUCUUCAAGAGUGUUUCAGAACUUGAGAAUCUCUAGAUUAUUUGACUUUAUUAAUGAAUUUUAAAUACAUAAAUUUUAUUUUCCAAGUUAAAUUAUUUCCACUGUUGAAAGUCCUGUGAGUAAAAGGGGUUUAUAACACAGCAGAAAGUGCUUCAAUGUUAAUAUUAACCGAGAAAGUUUGUUAGCAUUUUGUUAAAAGUAAGCAUAUAUGGUUAAUAUGUCACAUUGUGCAUAAUAAGAACGGUUAAAUGAAGAAGUCAGAAUCUCUAGAAAGUUAAAUCAUUGUCAUCAGUUCAUUCUUUUGAUCAGAUCAUUACACAUUGCAACGUUCAUUUAAAAAGUUUUUCUUUUACCUAAUACAAAGCAAUCAUUGUGUAGCUCCUACUGUCGUAUGCUCCCUCAAUGCUUUACUCAUGUGUGUAGUCCUCAUCACCCGAUUGUGAUAACAAGUUUUCGACUUAUUUGGAGGUGAAGAGAAAAUCAUAGAUAAGUCUUGACCGUGUUGUGUAGUGUCAGCGGGCAAACCUCUCCUUAACAUACCACUUUUAAUGGUGUUUUUGAUUUGUAAGUUAAUACAACAUUAUUUUGAAAUUUUGAAUUCACUUGUAAAAAUUUGAUUGAUAAUAAAAAGUAUAUGUAAACUUCAACCUUCUACAAGGCAAAGGAUUUUUCAGUAAGUGCAAUAGUCACUCUACAGCAAUAUAGAAUUGGAUUUUAUAAGAAUAAUAGUAAUUGAAUAGAAUUUUUACAUCUAUCACAGCCAGUCAUACUAUUAAUUAGUCCCCUGCUGGUGAAACUGAGAGGUCUUAUGUUUCCUCUGUACGUCUUGUACGUAUGUAAUGUCGAAGUUUGUCACACUAUAGUGACUUCUUCAUUCUAUGAUGGUUAUAUAUAAAGGACCUUAACAUCCAGGACAAACUAAGAGUUUGGGGUUUUUGGGUCAAAGUCCCUGUACUAUUUUUAGUGAGGGCUGGUAGGGGACAUGUAUUGUUACCCACUAUGCUGGUUUGUGAUGAUGAUCAGAGAAAUGAAUCAGUGUGUAUAGUGAUCAAUUUGUCAUUUUGUCUGUACUCUGAUCAUGUGUACAACAAGCAGGCAAAUAGCAUAUGGAAUAGCAAUGAAAUAUAGUUUAUUGUGCUGGAAAAAUUUAAACACAUGCAGUACAUGCUUUCCAAUACAAAAAAAAAGUUUUGUGGAUAAUGCAUGGUAAUUGAUGCUGGAGUUAUGUUCUUGCUUUGAUGCCAUUGAUGGGAGAUGUGUAGGUUGCUUGAAACAAGGCCAUGUGGUAAAAGAAAUAAGUUUUGGUUAAUACCUUCUAGUAAAUAUUACACCUGCCUUUGAUACUGUAAGUGUGUUAAAAGAAAUAUCAAAGUGAUAUCUUAAAUGUCCCUAUUUUCAAAACACAAUCAGCAUUGCCUUGUAUUUGAGAUGCUCUGGAUUUGGGCUCCUUUAGCUUGUUUUAAACCACUUUAUGAGUUCUUUAUGCAAACAACUUUUUCUUUCUUUUUUUUUUAUAUCAAAAAUGCUGGAGUGUUAAUUCUUUGUCACAAGACCUUUCCAUUAGUACUUGAUCUGUUGUGGAUCUGGUGCCCUUGACCAUGAACUUUGACCUACUUAAUAAGAAUUAAUUUCAAGUUUGUUUUGUGCUUUAUUGACAUAGAAUACCUGGUUAAUAUUCAUGAGACUUUGAAUACCUGGUGUAAUAUUCACGAGAUAUCUAAUACCUGGUGUAAUAUUCACGAGAUAUCUAAUACCUGGUGUAAUAUUCAUGAGAUAUCGAAUACCUGGUGUAAUAUUCACGAGAUAUCAAAUACCUGGUGUAAUAUUCACGACACUUUGAAUACCUGGUGUAAUAUUCACGAGAUAUCAAAUACCUGGUGUAAUAUUCACGAGAUAUCGAAUACCUGGUGUAAUAUUCACGAGAUAUCAAAUACCUGGUGUAAUAUUCACGAGAUAUCAAAUACCUGGUGUAAUAUUCACGAGACUUUGAAUACCUGGUGUAAUAUUCACAAGACGUUGAAUACCUGGUGUAAUAUUCACAAGAUGUUGAAUACCUGGUGUAAUAUUCACGAGAUAUCAAAUACCUGGUGUAAUAUUCACGAGAUAUCAAAUACCUGGUGUAAUAUUCACAAGACGUUGAAUACCUGGUGUAAUAUUCACGAGAUAUCAAAUACCUGGUGUAAUAUUCACAAGACGUUGAAUACCUGGUGUAAUAUUCACGAGACAUUGAAUACCUGGUGUAAUAUUCACGAGAUAUCAAAUACCUGGUGUAAUAUUCACGAGAUAUCUAAUACCUGCUGUAAUAUUCACGAGAUAUCAAAUACCUGGUGUAAUAUUCACAAGACGUUGAAUACCUGGUGUAAUAUUCACGAGACAUUGAAUACCUGGUGUAAUAUUCACGAGAUAUCAAAUACCUGGUGUAAUAUUCACGAGAUAUCUAAUACCUGCUGUAAUAUUCACGAGAUAUCAAAUACCUGGUGUAAUAUUCACAAGACGUUGAAUACCUGGUGUAAUAUUCACGAGAAUUUGAAUACAUGGGGUGAUAUUUACGAGACAUUGAAUACAUGGGGUAAUGUUUGCGAGACAUCGAAAAACUGGGGUAAAGUUUUCGACAUUGAAAACCUAGGUAUAAUGUUUUUGAGACAUUAAAAACCUGAGAUAAUGUUUGCGAGACAUUGAAAUCCUGAGGUAAUGUUUGCAGGGCAUCAAUUCUGUUACAAAUCAAUUUUUUCACCUGGGAGCAUGAAAUUGAUCACCGGUACUCAGAAAAUGAUUGUCAUGUUUAAUUUAUCAUGAUAUAAAAAAUACAUAAUGGGCUAUAUGACAUUUUAAACAUUUCUAAUAGCCUGAAAGUUGUAGCCAUUGAAAAAAAAAUCACCACCACCCUAUAGACCUGCAAUAUUCUCAGACAGCAACACUGAGGUUGAUUCUGGAGAAAAAAUUUCUGGAAUUGAUUUUGUUGUUCUUUAGUGACCGAGUCAGUUAAUUUGUGAACAGUGUGUUAUUCUAAGUGUUUGUAGUGUUGAUACAGUGUACAUAGUGAGAAUAUGUGUAGUAUUCAGUUAUUUAUGAAAAUGUCAUAUGUCUGUGCUAUUUAUGGUGUGUACAUUCUUAAAAGAAAACUCUUUAAUCUUAAGAUUUUAAAUUUGAAUCCAUCUGAAUUUUUUUAUCAAAAAAAUUGUAGCUUAUUUUAUUCCUGUAACUAAUGUAAAUUGAUAUUUAUUUUGUACAGUUGUAAAUACCUGCCGGCAGCAGACAGUUUUACCCUUGAUAUUGUACAUUUUAUUUUCGAAGCUUGUUUCCUUUUCUUCAGCUGUGGCUGUUUGGUUACGUCCAUGAUCCGUCUCUGAUGAAUCAUUUAAUAUAUUUCAAUAUAUUUCAGGGAUUUAAACUAUGGAUUGAUUGUGUUCUAUGAACACUUCAUUUUCCAGAUAACUGUUGUUAAGUGGAUAUAAAUCAAGCAUGGCUUGUAACUCUUUGUGUUUGUUGUUUAAUGGAAUUAAUUUAAACCAGAUUCAUGGUAUAUGAAUUAGUUCUGCCAUUGAUCAGAUUGAGAAAAAGUCCCGAUCUUGUACAUUUUGUCAAAGCAUUUUCCUCACCGGUAGAAAGUACACUUUGUACAUUAACUUAGAUGUGCAUAUAUUUUUCUUUUAUUAAAGUUAAGAAUGUCAUUCAACAUAGGACAAUUUAUCAUAUAUAUACUUUCAUUUUGAUUAUCAUUCAAUUCACAUCACAUUUUCUGUUACUUCAGUAAUAGGUAAUCAUUAAUAUAAAGUAAGGGAGCCUACUAUCAUGUUUUAUUGAAGUGUGUUCAAAUGUGUAUGAAUGUUUAAAGGUCAUAGUUUCCCAUACUUCAGUCUAAACUCUCCUUCAGAUGGAAUUUGGAGGUAGAUCAAGAUUUUUAGCUAAGGGUAAUUUAUGGUUAGUUUGGUUGAUAAGCUGGAAGUGUUGUAUGAAAGCCAUGUCAAAAUGCAAAAGCUUGAGAAAUACAUGGAUACUGUUUGUUAGGCAUGGUCAUGUGUAGAUGGAGUGCAUCACAAAUUUCAUUCAAAUAAAUGAAAUAAAAUAA